AUGGUUUGUGAUCCAAAUUUUAGGAUCACAUCACUAUAUGCUGGUUGGCCAGGCUCCUGCCAUGACUCGAGGAUUUGGAGGACAUCCAGCCUCUGUCAAAAGUUUGAAACGGGUAUGUGUGAUGGGAUUUUACUUGGCGACUCAGGUUAUCCCCUCACCAAGUAUUUGAUGACCCCCUACCUUGCUCCAAGAACAGUAUCAGAGGAACGGUUUAAUGCCAGCUUAUGUAGGACAAUGGUACUUAUUGAGCAGACAUUUGGAAUCCUCAAGCGAAAAUUUCAGGCCCUCCAUUUCGGUCUCAGAACCUCAUCAGAGCAAGCCAUCACAUACAUAGUAGCCUGUGUGACCCUACACAAUAUUGGCAUUGAAAGAGGGGAUAUCUUUAUUCAAGAGGACUGUGCAGACAUUGAUGUGUGGCACUGCUUGCAACAGGCCAUUCAAGACCCUGGUCAUCAGGACAGGAGAGAUGGUGUCUUGAAGAGAACAGCCAUCACCAAUGGAUUUUUUUAA